AGUCGUCGCCCGCCGCAACUGGACAUCCGGCCGCCCACCGCCCACCGCGACGGGACGUCUCCGGCCACCCAAUCCUGAAGAGUAUUGAUUUAUCUAGGCAGAAUAGAGACAGAGGUUCCGCCCGCUCCUCCUGGCCUAGCCUCCUCGCCCGCGCCGCCCCAGCUCACUGCACCCCCACCUACGCCGCGCCGCCAGUGCUGGCCCAGCCCCUGCUAGACUGCCGCGCGGCCGUCCUGUACGCCAACCCCGCCUGUCUGCGACCGUGCUCCUGCCCUCCGCCUCGACCGUCGGCUUGUUGAGCUUGCUGGCUCUUCGCGCGGCUGCUAUUGACAGACUUGGCUGGAGAUCUGGUAACACUGGUUGCUGAUUGGUGGUCGCUAUAAGGAAGCGCAAGUUGUUCACGCAAUGGUUCAUUUCAAGAACAGGUAUAUGGUGAUGGAGGUUUUCAUCGACGUGGGCAGAGGAGAGGUUGACCCCGUCAUCCUCACCCAGUUUAACAUAACCAAAGUGAUCAGAGACAGCAUCCAGCUCAACUUUGGGGAGUGUGGCCUAGCUGCAUCUCUCGGAUCAUUACAAGUGAAGUAUGUAAAUCCUCUGACAAAGCUUUGCGUAAUCCGAGUGUCGCGUGAAGAUCACCAGAAAGUCUGGGCUGCUAUCACAAUGGUGCGGAGCAUUGGGAAGAUCCCUGUGUCCUUCAACCUCUUGGAUGUGAGCGGAACUAUCAGGGCAUCCAAGAAAACUGCCUUGGAGUGCGAAGAAGCGAAGUUUGAGCAGUACAAGUUGUCUGCUGGUGAUCGUAUCACACCAGAGAUUAUUGAGUCCGUGAAGAAUUGCCUUGACAAGUUAAGAGGGUUAGACAGUUAGUGAAUUAAUGGUUGUUUAGUGCCAUUAGUCUGAAAAGAAGUGUAUUGAGUCAGUUAACACACUGUUUCUGGGUCAAAUUGUGCAACGUGGUAUCCAUUUACGGAUGUCUAUCUGGAGAGAACUUUGGGAGAAAGUUUUGUUUCACGGGUGUCUAUCUGGAGAGAACUUUGGGAGAAAGUUUUGUCUAUGUGUUAAGUUAACCAUGCGCAGCUAAUCAUUA